AUGACGAGGACGAGCAGGUGUCUGUCAACAAUCUUCAACAUUCACCAUUGCCCUGUGAGUGAGCGUCAGCUCAAUGAGAUUCGCCUCGCUACACAGCAAGACCCGAGUCUCACCAAGCUAAUGCACCAGGUCAUGUCAGGGUGGCCAGACACUCCCCAUCUAGUACUACCAGAAAUACGGCCUUACUUCAGCUACCGAGAUGAAAUCACAGCACAAGACGGGCUUCUGCUCCGUGGCGAGCGCAUCGGCAUUCCACUCUCUAUGCGAAAUGCCGUGAAAAUCAAAGCAAACGCCGGUCACAUGGCAGUCAACUCCUGCAUAUGGAGAGACCGUGACCUCGUUUAUUGGCCUGGAAUGUCGAGUGAGAUUAGUCUGUUCGUCGAAAACUGCGAAACCUGUGCUCGUCAUACCAGCAAGAAGCAGCCUGAGACACUCUUCCUACACCCAGUGCCAGAUCGCCCGUGGCAGAAAGUAGGAAUCGACAUCUUCACCAUCAAGUCAAGAAACUACUUAGUUACAGUUGACUACCUGAGCAACUUCUACGAAGUUGAUUUCCUUCCUGAUACCCUGGCCAGCACUUGCAUCAGCAAGAUCAAGUAUCACUUCGCGAGGCAUGGCAUCCCUGAUGUAGUCGUCUCCAACAAUGAUUCCCAGUUUUCAUGCCGGGAAUUUAGCGCCUUCGCUGCGAAGUGGGAAUUCUCACACGAGCGCAGCAGCCCAGGCAACAGCAAAUCUAAUGGUGUUGCUGAGGCCGCCGUCAAGGAGGUAUUGAAGUUCAUGAAUAAGUGCAACGAAGAGAAGUCCAACCCAUACCUCGGGUUAUUGAAUGUCCGCAACACACCCACUGAAAGUCUCAGGACCAGUCCCGUGCAACGGCUAUUUGGUCGCCGAACCAGAACUGUGUUGCCAGCCCUGAAUGAUCACCUCAAGCCCGCUGCAGAUACGUAA